UAAGUGUUAAUCUAAUUUUUUUUUUUUCCCAACAGUUAUACAUAAGCGACUCUAUGAAACUCUGGGAUGAAUCUGUAGCCAGCGCAGAACAUGGAUGAUUCUCUAGAUUGUAAAUGACUCGCAUUCGAUUCACUUAGUUCAAAUGAAUCGAAUCAGUAGAGUUGUAAUGAAUAGUCGCCGAGCACAGUUCUCGUCAGCAUCCUGAUGACUUAAAGCCGGACACGUUUGGGCAGUUUUACCAGCAGCUACCCCUUGGACUAUUUGUUUUUUAAUGUUGCGUCUUCUAAGCAAUCUCCCGCGGCUACUCCAAGUGCGCACUCGGUUUUAACGGGUCAGCUCGUAAUGAAUGCAUCCGAGGGAUUAGGAGUCCUCAACCGGACGCAAGAGCAGCUGGACGGCGCGAGAGCCUGCUGCAACUUCACCUCCGACGCCGCGUCAGUCACCGGCAGCGGCGACGCGUUUCUCCACGAGCGCGAGCAGUUCGUGGCGCGGCUCGUGCAGAUUGCCGUGCUCUGCGUGCUCUCGCUCACCGUCGUCUUUGGCGUUUUCUUUCUCGGCUGCAACCUCCUCAUCAAGUCCGAGAGCAUGAUGAACCUACUGGCGGAGGAGCGCAGACCGUCCAAAGACGCGGAGCUCAUCACCGCCGCGUGACGCCCGGUGACCGGGUGACUGGGUGACCCGGCUCGCGCGCUCGCACCCUCCAUGACUUUUAAAUAUCGUGAUACUCCUGAUUUGAACUUCUUUUUGUAAAAGCUUGAAUCGGGCACAUAGGCAUUUUGAGUUUCUGAUUUUAGGACUGUGAAUUAAAGCAUGCUGAAAUAAAUGUUUUU